CUACUCCACUGCUCCUCCUCCAAUCUGUUCCUUCUAUAAGAACCAUCCAAUAAGAGCCCUAAUUCUCCAAUUGGGAACUUAAAAUGGCGCGCAGUCGCACAGCCACUCCCAUUUCUGCUCUCUCCUUUUUCCUCCUCCUAUUGUGCGCAUGCCCCGCCUCCGCCGCCGGGAAACACCGCUCCCGCCGCCCCUGCCGGCGACUGGCCUUCUACUUCCACGACAUAAUCUACAACGGCGAGAACGCCGAGAACGCGACCUCCGCCAUCGUCGGAGCUCCGGCGUGGGGGAACAAGACGAUUCUGGCCGGGCAGAACCAUUUCGGCGACGUGGUGGUGUUCGACGACCCGAUUACGAUGGACAACAAUCUGCACUCGCCGGCGGUGGGGCGGGCGCAGGGGUUCUACAUCUACGACAAGAAGGAGAUCUUCACGGCGUGGCUAGGGUUCUCGUUCGUGUUCAAUUCGACGGAGCACAGAGGGAGCCUGAACUUCGCCGGCGCGGACCCGCUGAUGAACAAGACGAGGGACGUGUCGGUGGUGGGGGGAACAGGGGAUUUCUUCAUGGCCAGAGGGAUUGCGACUCUGAUGACGGAUGCGUUUGAAGGCGAAGUUUAUUUCAGGCUUCGAGCGGACAUUAAGCUCUACGAAUGUUGGUGAUUGCUGAUUGGAGAAGAUGAUGGAUUGUGGAGUUUCUGUCUGUUGCGUCGUUUUUAAUCUCUUUCUUCCCUAUGAAUUGACAUGACAUAUUUUUCACUCGUUUUAAAGUUGAUCGUUCGAUUUGCACCCUCCAAUCCAUAACGGUAAUGCAAUAAAACCAUGUAGUUGGUUGGAUUGGAUAAGGAUUAAAUCAUAGUUUAUAUAACUUUUUAGAUCUCAUUUCCUA